AUGACGAGCGAGGAGCUAGCCGCCUUCCGCGAGCUGGUGGUCGCGGAGCUCGAAAAGCACAAGAUCGCGGUGGCCCACCCCCCCGUCUGCAUCAUCACCGCCACCGACCUCGAGUCGAGGCGCGACUCGCGCGGAAGGCGGUACCCGUGGGGCAACGCUCUCUCGGAGCGGCCGGGCUCGUCGCACGCGGAGCUGCCGGCGCUGCGCCGCUUCCUGCUCAUCGACGGGCUCGCCUCGCUCAAGGCCGCCUCGCGCGAGCACUACGAGUCCUUCCGCCGCCAGGCCCUCUGGCGCUCGCACGUCGGCGUCAAGCCGCUCGCGAGGACGCUGCUCCCGCCGGCGCGUGCGCCGGUGCUGCUCGCGCUCAUCGCGCUGCCGCAGACCCGCCGCUGGCUGCACCGCCACCUCGCGCCCGCGCUCCUCUACCAAGCACGCGCCGUCCGCGGCGCCGUCGGCGGCCGCUGCGUCGUGCGCGUGGCAUGA